AGAUGGGCCGGCCGUACCAGAAGACCGGUUUGGACUCGGGAACACCCGGCGGGGUUGAGGCAGUCGCCGACCGGUUCAAGGCGGCGCUCACCUUCGAGGAGAACAAGCCUGACUUCCCCGACCUCGGCUCUCCCGUCUCCCCCCUUCGCCCCCACGCAUCCACCCAAACCAGCAGCUGCUCCACUUCCUCCGGCUCUGCCACCAGCAAGUCCGUGUCGGCCACCGACGCUGCCGUACGGAAGCCCGGCGCGGGAGCGCCCGACCCCGGGAGGCGAUGCCACUCCGGAGAGCUUGUUGGUGAGAUCAGCCCGACCGCAGCGGAAGUUCGCGAUCUGAAGGCCGCCGCCCACCGUCGAUCGGGCUCGGGGCCGCUGAUCUUCUCUGGCGGCAACGGUGGUGGUGGUGGUGGUGGUGGUGGUGGUGGUGGUGGUGGUGGUGGUAGUAGCACGGCCAGCUCUCCUGUCGCCAAUGCACUUCCGGCCGGGAAUAUUUUCCCCUCGGGGAAGAUCGGUAAGACGGCGAUGAUGCCAAGGACGACGCCGAGGAGUGACGUGCUCGGUUCCGGCACCGGGAACUACGGCCACGGAAGCAUUAUCCGGGGCGGGAUGAGUGGUGGCGGCGCUGCCGUAAGUUCCGGCGGCGAUGUCGGAAUGGGAAAUUUGACGGGUGCAAGCGCAGGGAGACUGGAUCCGCAAGAAGUGACUCGGACUGGGAAUAUGCACUAUAAGAAGGGACAGUACGGGGAGGCGCUGGCUUUCUAUGAUAAGGCGGUCGCGAUGUGCCCAGAGAGUGCCGCAUGCCGGAGUAAUCGUGCGGCGGCGCUGAUGGGGCUGAACAGGUUAGGAGAGGCGGUGAAGGAGUGCGAGGAGGCUGUCCGGUUGGAUCCUACGAGCGGGCGGGCGCAUCAUCGGCUGGCAUGCCUAAAUCGACGGCUAGGGCUAGUUGGGGAUGCACGGAAGCAUCUUUUCUUGACUGGGCAGACACCCGAUUCAGUGGAGUUGCAGAAGCUGCAAGCAGUGGAAAGACACUUGGCAAAAUGUGGAGAUGCGAGGAAGAUAGGAGAUUGGAAGAGCACAUUAAGGGAAGCUGAUGCUGCAAUUGCUGCAGGAGCAGACUCUUCUCCGCUGCUUGUUGCAUCCAGGGCAGAAUCUCUUCUCCAUCUCUGUCAUCUUGAUGAGGCUGAUUCAGUUUUAACAAGAUCACCCAAGUUUGAAGAUUCAUUCCCUUUUUCCACAGCUACCAAGAUCUUUGGUAUGCUUUCCUUUUCCUAUUUCUACAUUGUUAGAGCACAAGUUGAUAUGGCAUUGGGGAGGUUUGAGAAUGCAGUCACAGCAGCCGAAAAGGCCAAGCAGAUAGAUACCAGGAACAUAGAGGUGGCAAUGGUCUUGAGCAAUAUAAGAUCGGUGGCAAGUGCUCGAGCUCAAGGAAAUGAGCUCUUUAAGUCAGGAAACUUUGCAGAGGCCUGCACAGCGUAUGGGGAAGGACUAAAGCAUGAUCCUUCAAAUCCAGUCCUUCUAUGCAACAGAGCAGCUUGCCGUUCUAAGCUUGGGCAGUGGGUUAAAUCUGUGGAGGACUGCAAUGAAGCCCUUAGAAUCCAACCCAGUUACACCAAGGCUCUUCUCAGACGAGCUGAUUCGUAUGCGAAGCUCGAGCGCUGGGCUGAAUCUGUACGAGAUUAUGAAGUUCUGAGGAAGGAGCUUCCAGGUGACAACGAAGUGGCUGAGGCCUUAUUCCAUGCUCAGGUUGCACUAAAAGCAUCCCGUGGCGAGGAGGUUUCGAAUUUGAAGUUUGGAGGAGAGGUAGAGGAGGUUACUGGUGCAGAACAAUUCCGAGCUGCUGUAUCAUUAUCUGGCGCUUCUGUUGUCUACUUCAUGACAUCUUUGAACAAGCAGUGCACUCAGAUAGCCCCUUUUGUCGAUGCGCUCUGUACCCGGUACCCAUCUGCGAACUUCCUCAAGGUUGACGUCGACCAGAGCCCUGUUAUUGCAAAGGCAGAGAAUGUUCGGAUAGUCCCAACAUUUAAGAUCUACAAAAAUGGAAUAAGAGUGAAGGAGAUGAUCUGCCCCAGCCAGCAGGUGUUGGAGUACUCGGUGAGGCACUACAGUCUUUAAGAUCAAACAAGUGGUUGCAUUGAUACUUACUGGCAAACCCAUCCUUUGUUCAUACAAAUGUCAGCUGCCAUCGAACCAGCAACUGAGCUACAAAAUAAUUGAUUUGUGCCAAAGCAUGAACUGGAGACCCCAAUCCCAUUUUUUCCCCAUUUACUCUUUUAACCUUAUUUUCCUCUGCUACCUAAUAUAUUCUUUCCCUCCAUUUGCGGCGCUUCAAUAUCACUAAAUCCGUUUUCAUCCCUUGCCUUUGUCAGCUCAGGUUGCUCUCGUCUUUCUUAUCUCUUUAGAAAAUUGAUUGUACCAUUUCUUUAGUUCAGAGGCUGGUUUGGAUUUAUGGCAUGUAUAUAUCCCAUAUAAAAAGUCAUUGGAAGCCAUGAAAUUGGUGUCAACAGGAGGGGAAGGGGAGAGGAAAAAAAGAGAGAGAGAGAGAGAGAGAGAGAUGUUCAUGUUUUUUCUUUCAUCGGACUGAUACAUGCUACCACCUCUGAAUAAAAGAACUCUUCAAAAUUAUUUCUCACUUCA